AUGUCGUACAAUUCUGGUGGCCGUGGUAUGCCGCCGAGUACAGUUGCGCCUGCAGAUUCAUCACAUCGGCCGUCCAACUCUAAUGUUCCUCAUAUCUCUCGAUUUCAAAGAUCUCAAUUGGCCAAGCCAGUCAACUAUACGCCUAGGAGUGGUCGUGCCUUAUCCUUGUCUAGUGCCGAAGAAAGUGGUUCGAUACCUGCUCCAGUGUCAUCUCAGUCCAAUCCACGCUCCAAACGAUUAUCAUCCUUACCACGGCCAACUACUGGGGGAUUGACGUCUCCAAUCCCGCCGGUAUCUUCAACAUUACCUAAAGUUACUACUCAGUCAAUACCUACAUCAGCAUCUACUCCGGAUGUCACAAAUUUUUCUACCUUUGUACCAAAUCAUCAAGCACAAGCGCCGCCUGCUAAACGAGUCCGCAAUGUUCUUCGCAGAAAGGCACCCUUAAUAGGAAGACAUAUGGAGCAGAACCAAACCCAAAAGCUCAGUCUGGUGAUUCCGCAAGAAGACAAAAGCCAGCCAAAUCACAUCAAAGACUCUGGGAAUCAUUCUGGGAAUCACUCUACUCCAGAUGCAUACUUUGCUGGUCCUUCCGCUUCGGCAUCUUCACAGAGCUCAAGCGAUAAGACACCGAAGAGUGCGGUGGAAACGCCCAAGAUGCAAGGCCCGGCAGAGUUAGCAAGUCUCCGCACAUUUGAGCCCAAGAUCCUUCCUCCCCCUCACAUAUCAUUCCACCGGCGAGCAGUCCAUCGACAAGGCAUUCUGAGUCCCCGGGUAUGUGGAGUCGUGGCUCAACACCAACUUCGCUAUCCUCCUACUCGCCCGCCCAGUCCAUCUCAGACUAGACUGCCAUUUUUCUCCCCACCUUCAGUGCAUGCAAGUCCUCAAAGUGCACAGGGUGAUACACAAGAAACCAAAGUGCUUCGAUCAGCAAUACCUCAGCGAACUCUUGGUCCAAGUCCAGUAUCAGCCAGAAGUAUUCCAACAAAGCACGAUCCAAGGAAGAUCCCAUUAAGAGUUCAAGGUCCUCCUCACAGCCCACCGCCAAGAAGGUCUUCAGUGAACUUCAGCCCGCCGAAGGAUUCACCACGCAAAGACUCGGAUAUUGAUGUGGAGAAGGCCAGAAAGGAGGUUGAGGAGGCUGAGCGAGAGCUUCUCAAAACCUACAAUAAACGGCCAAAUGCAAAUCCCGUGAAUCCCACCAGCCCUGAAUUUUUUGCUCCAAAGACACCACCGCGACCUAGUAGAGACGGUACACAUCGAUUGGACCUGGAGACAUCGCCAGUUAUCCAAAGCAACCUACCGUAUCUCCACUCGACGGGUCACAAGCGACGCGAGUCCGCAGAGAGAAUUAGGGUUGCAAAUCAACCAUAUUCUACACUGAACCAACCUGCUACCAUGUCUGUGGACUCAUUUCGCUCCAAGGACUUAUCUCGAAUCCCAUCACGUGAAGCAGGCUCUCCAGUGAUGACACGAAAAUCACCAAAGUUGACUAAAGAGCCUCCCAAGGAGAAAGUAAUUGAGCCGAAAAAGCCCGUUGCGACCAAACGAUUUGGUCUUUUUUCCAAAAAGUCUAAACCAGAUCUCGAUCCCAACUCUACUGAACAGAACCGAACGGCAACACGGAAGGGCCCAGCAGCAGGAACUGGCCAUGAGGGAUACGGCAAGUAUAGUCAGCGAGGCCGAAAGCCAAGUGCAGGUAGUCUCAGUGAUGCCAGGAAUCGGUCAACAAGCACAACACGAAGUGCCUCACGUUCGAUCGCUAGUAGCAAAGGAAGCAUGUCAAGUCGUCCAGAUCUAAGUCUGGAUGACUUUCUCUCAAGCCGCCUCGAGCCUGUUAUCAUUAACGGUGGCGGAAUGGAGGGCAAUACUCUUUCACGAACCCAGAGUGAGCAGAGCAUGAGCAGCCUCAGUGUUGCAUCGUCAAGUCUUCUUCGCCCAACUCCUUUGACAACAUCUACUGCUCAAUCAACGGAUUCUUUGGUGACAACAUCAACGAGUAUUCUGAAUGAGACUAAAUCGCCUAGCGAGUCAACUACUGCCUUGUCCACUCACAGUCGAGUCUCUGAGAAGGCUGCCGAUGUCGUUGAGCGCCUUCAGCCUCCAAAAUCUCGUAUGCCAGUUCCAAAAGGGAAGAUUCAUGGCGUAUAUGGAAACCCUGAAGCUGCUCGAACAAGAACAUCCGUUUUGAUGUCUGACUCGAAAAUUCAAGCUCCAUCAAACUUGAAGAGUGCUAGUAGUCCAUCAAUUCCACCUCCAGAGCGAGUGAAAGAGCCUCAGCAAGUCAAUAAGAAGGAGAAAAGCUCGCGAUGGAAUUUAUUCCAAAGGAACCGAUCCGAUGAGCCUAAGGUCCCUGAUGCUCCUCCUGUUACUUUAUCUCACACUGCGCAGCUUCAUGCAGCAAUCUCGCCGGUCUUAAAGACUCGACCUGUUGCACACUAUGCGCUCAUCGAUACUGAUUCGGACGAGCUCGACAAUAUCAUUAACAAGAUCGAGGAUUCUCCACCAACUGAGGAAGAGAAAAUCCUACCCGCAGCAGAGAUCCCAGCAGGUCUUAACAUCCGAAAGAGAGAGCCAUCUGUUUUACUACCAUCUCCGCCAAAGUUAUAUGGGGAAUUCGAUGACCGCCCCUCUCCGAAGACCGCUAUGUUCAAUCGCAAUCUGAUGGGGCCGGAGCCCGAAAGCAGUCCUGAAAACCGUCGUCCUAAACGAUUGGCUUCCGUGGGUCGCAUCCCGAAAGUUGUUUCUCGACGUGAUAGACAUCACAGACCGGCUAUGCAAUCCUUCUCUAGACCUUUCAGUAUUGUAGACUCACCACCGCCAGUCUCAGCCCCUGCGCCGCAGAGUGGCCUUGAAUAUCCCAGCUUCAAUGAGCCAUCUUGGAAACAACCGAUGGGAGGCCAGACACCAGAUCUGGGCUAUAAUUUCCAGCAAACUUUCAGUGCGCCUGAGCAUGUGAGCGCCUUGGAUUUCCUUGCGGGUCCCUACUCCGGCAAUGAGUUCAUUCACUUCUCGCCACACAAUGACUCCAUAUCGUCGAGUAGCUCUGGAGCUUUAGCCGCAGUGACAGCAGUGCUUCCGAAACCGCAUACAGCGCCCAUGGAAGACGAAAUUUGGAAAGAAUACGACGACUUGAUUGACCAUGUCCUCUCUCCGAAAGAGCCAAAGUCUGAUGAAAAAGACAGGACAGAAGACGAUGGCAGAUUCCAGUUGGCAACUAUGGCAAGUAAGGCUCUCCAGGAUGAGCUGAAUAACCCGACUUCCCUUCAACCCGGAGAGUAUACGCCUGGUGCUGCAUCAUUUCGCUCCAGUAGCGAUUCUGUCCGACUGCGACGCUCCAGAAUUGUAUCAGCUUUGCACUCAUCCAUCUCUCCAUCUACUCAGCCAUCUUACAGCAACCUCAUCGCUAGUUAUGGAGAUGGCGAGGACCCUCAGAGCUCUGCAACUUCAGCCAUAGGACCCUCGGACGAGGUGCAAGAGCAGCAGACGACAUUUCUUCAAUCCCUGGCCACUGCUACCAAUGAUAAGCAAAAGUCUCCUGAGCGCAGGUCCAUGCUUGGUCUAUCAGAGAAAGACUGGGACGCUGUGACCCACACAAAUAUGCGAUCUGCUUCUCUCAUGACCAGUCGCUGGCUGUCAUUUGGUCGCGUUCUUUUCAGCCCUGCCCACAAUCACGUCAAAACCGGUACCCAUGGAAGAAUCCUCGUUAUUGAUGGACUCGAAAAUGACGAUUGGUCAUUCUAUUGCGCCUUGACUUAUCCUGAUGCAGACGUGUACAACUUGAGUGGUCGACCUGUGUCAACAGUAAUGCCACAUCCUGCACUGAAACCCCCUUCUAACCACCACAUAAUCUACCACGCUGGUCUCAGGAACCCCCUACCUUUUCCCAAAGACUACUUCACGGUCGCAGUGUUGCGCUUCCCGACCAGUAGUCCUGAAGCGGUGCAAAACAACAUAGUUCAAGAAUGCAAGCGCGUUCUUCGCUCUGGCGGAUACCUCGAGAUGAGUUUACUAGACCGCGACAUGGUAAAUAUGGGUGCGCGUACCCGCAAAGCCGUCCGCCAACUCAAGGAGAUGACCUGCCUCGCCAACCCAGCUAUCAGCCUGAAGCCAACGAGCGAUAACAUCCAACGCCUAAUCGGGCAACAAGGGUUUGCCAAUCUCCGGCGAUGCAUGGUUCGCAUUCCCGUUGCCGGAAUGGUCGUCCGCUCCUCCGGCUCAACCACUUCAUCCUCAAACAAAUCCCACUCAGCAACAGCCACUACCCCAUCCACCGCAUUUUCACUCCCCGCUAUCUCGGUCACUACAGUGAUGGGAAGCCAGAGUAAUCAAACUGCUUCUAAAUCGUCUCUUUCCGACGAUACCAAUGUCUCCCUUGGAGAUCUCCUCUCUGAUCCUUCACCUUCAGCGGCAAACGAUGCGUCGAUCGCUAAGAUUGUAGCUCGCGUCGGUCGCUGGUGGUAUACGAAGUGUUACGAGGAUCCUGUACUACCUAGUACUGGUGAUCGUGAUUCUAGCAUGUGGAAUGACCGUAAACUCCUUCGAGAGUGCCAGAAGCGAGGUACAGGAUUCCGCAUGUUGAUUGCGUAUGCGCAGAAGCCCAGUGAGGUCAAACGACGCACUGCGAGCGUCUAG